UCUUCUCUUCCUGCGUAUAAUAACAUUUACACUACAGUAGUAUGACACAACACCCACAGACAUUGAAAAAUCCAAGUCUUUCCUGCUGCAGCUUACCAUAGGACUUCAGACACAAAGGGUCAGCCGUCGUAGAGCCACUACAUAAUGACAGCAAGUUUGGCUGUUCUGAGGACAGAAUGGAAUAUUUAAAAACUUUCCAAAUGACAGAUUCACAGAGCUGACACUGAAGAACUAACAUCAUGGGGAGCCAAUGCUCGAAACUUAGGAGGGGUAAAUCAAAGAGAAAGGAGUGUUACGAACCAGAUCAGAAGAAAGAUGAGGUUUCCACCAUAGUGGAAAGUGGAGAAAGAUCUCCUUUUCUCCAAAAAAGGCCAUCUAUGCAGGAGGAAGAGGGAGUUGUAAGAGAGACAACAAAUGAGGAAACUUUAGGGAGGAAAAAAAAAGAAGAAACUUGCUCUGAAAAACUGGGUUGUCUUGAGAAGAGCAGCACUCUGCCACAGGAAUACCCUGCGGUUGAAGUCAACACCCCAAGUCCUGCCGUCUCCGAAACACAUGAUCCUGCUUCAUCCAUCACAGAGGAGAAAGAAGCUGACUGGGUGGACAACAACAGGGCUAAGCUCAUUCACAGUGUCACUUCAGUGAUGGUAAUAGCGGAUGAGAUGGUCCAGUGGAAAAUAAUUCAUAAUGAGACGUACAACAACAUCAAGGCUGCCAGGACCAGCCAGGAGCAGAUGAGGGAGCUCUUUGAGGCUAUGAAAGGAUCUAAAAGAGCCAAAUCUUCAUUCUACAGAAUUUUCAACAACAUUCACCCAGACAUAUGUGGAACAGAAGAUGUCCCACAAGUCAUCAGAAAACACAAAGCAUUUCUAAGGGAAAGGUUUAGAUAUGAGUUUGAAGGCACUGAAAAAGAUCGUAAGGAUGCAAAAUCAUUGGACAAAAUUUACACAGAGCUUCACAUAAUUCACGGAGAGAGUGAACAUGUCAAUGAACAACAUGAGAUCUGGGAGAUUGAAGAUAAGGCGAGGAAUCAAACAGCUGAGGGCACUAAAAUCAACUGCAAUGACAUCUUUAAAAGUACACCAGAAGGUAGCGUCUCAUCUGGGCAAGACAGAAGAGAAGAGAGAGCUAUCAGAAUUGUGAUGACUAAGGGAAUUGCUGGCAUUGGAAAAACUGUCUCUGUGAAGAAGUUCAUCCUUGACUGGGCAGAUGGUGGAGCCAAUCAGGAUCUGGACUUUAUCUUUGUGCUACCAUUCAGAGAGCUAAACCUGGUCUUAGAUGAUCAGUUUAGUCUUGAGACACUCGUGAAAGACUUCCACCCAGAACUUAAAAACAUAGCAGUUGCAAGAAUAUUUGCCAAUCACAAAGUCUUGUUCAUUUUUGAUGGUCUUGAUGAAAGCCAACUUCAACUGAAUUUCAAUGAAACCAAAAGACUGACAGAUGCCACUAAGGAAUCAUCGGUGGACACUCUGGUGACCAACCUAAUCCGGGAACAUCUUCUUCCCUCCGCUCUUAUCUGGAUAACCUCAAGACCAGGAGCAGUUCACCGCAUUCCUCGUCAGUUUGUGUACCAAUGGACUGAGGUCAAAGGAUUUAAUGAUGAGCAAAAAAUACAGUACUUCGAGAAGAGAGUUGAGGACAAGGCAGUUGCUGAACAAAUUAUUAACAACAUCACGAAAUCCUGGAGCUUAUACAUUAUGUGUCACAUACCUAUCUUCUGUUGGAUUGCGGCAAAAGUUCUUGCGUGGUUGCUAGAAAAGGACAACACUCAAGAUGAAAACAUAAAAAUACCUACAACUCUUACUGAGAUGUACACUCACUUCCUUUGCAUUCAAAUGCAGGUAGCAACUGAAAAGUAUGAUAACCAGAAUGAGUCAGAUAAAGAGAUGAUCUUCAAGUCAAAUGAAGAAUUCAUUUUAAAGUUAGGCAGGAUGGCAUUUGAACAUCUGAAAGAAGGCAAAAUCGUAUUUACUGUCCAUGAUCUGAACAAGUAUGGCAUUGACAUACAGAAAGCUGGAGUUUACUGUGGGUUGUGCACAGAGAUAUUCAAAGAAGAGACUGUGUUUAACAUAAGGAAACUCUACUGCUUUGUGCAUCUGACAGUUCAGGAGUACUUUGCUGCUUUGUUUGUGUACCACAGUUUUGCAAGUAAAAAAAUAGACUCUCCAAGCCUCAAGGACUUCCUGCUCAUAGGGUCUGAUGAACAGCUCAAGUCUAUCUUGGAUGCUGAUCCAGUUGAUUUACCUGUGAAUGAGCUGAUUGAAAUUUCAAUAGCUAAUUCAACUCUGAGAAAGACAGGUGAACUGGACAUGUUCCUCAGGUUCCUUAUUGGUAUGUCUCUACAAUCAACACAAAAACUGCUUUAUGGCCUGAUUCAGCAGACAGAUAAACAUUCUGAAGCUGUUGAGGAAAUUACCGAAAGUCUAAUAAAAAUAGACUUAGUGUACUGCUCAGGUGAAAGAUGUCUGAACCUCAUUCACUGCCUGAUUGAGCUGAAAGACAGUUCGGUACACAAUACUGUGCAGCAGUGUCUGAAACCAAAUCACAGGCCUGAAACACAGCUCUCUCCUGUUCAGUGCUCAGCUCUGGCCGACUUAAUUCUAAUGUCAAAUACGCCCCUAGAUGAAUUUGACCUAAACAAAUUCAGACCAUCAAGAAGAGGCAUUUUUAGGCUUCUCCCAGCUGUGAGGAACAGCAAAAAAGCAAGAAUCUCAGGGGUGCAUGUUGAUGCUUGGCUUGGUGAAACAAUCUCCUCAGCCCUUCGAAUGUCAAACUCUGUGCUAACUGAACUGCACCUGCUAAAUAGUUCAUUUUAUGGUGAAUGUGCACAGUACUUGAUUGAUGGACUGAUAAGUCCUCACUGCCAACUAGAAGCUCUGAGUCUGUCUGGUAAUGGACUCUCACGAAACAAAUGCGAAAAGUUGGCGUCAGCUAUCAAAUCUGUCAUCUCAAAUCUAAGAGAACUGGAGCUGAGUUGCAGCAUACUGAACGGCUCAUUAUGCUCUGUGCUUUCUGUUGGGCUAAACAGCCCUAAACUGGUGAAGCUCAGACUAAACCGAAAUCCUCAGACUGCAGACAUCUGUAAGCAGUUGGUGACAGCAUUCACUUCCAAACCAUGUUACCUGAGAGAGCUGGAACUGAGUUACGCCAAUUUUAAAGACUCAGAAAUGGAGAUCUUCUGUACUGGUCUGAUGAACACAAACUGUACUCUUGAAAUAUUGAGUCUUGGUCACAACAGACUCACUGAGAAAGGUUGUAAUGCGUUGGCCUCAGUGCUCAGCUCCAAACACUCCCACCUGGCUGAGCUGGACCUGAGCUACAAUGACCUGCAGGACUCAGGAGUGAUGGCGCUGUGUAAUGCACUGAUGAACCCACACUGUGGUUUGAAAAUAUUACGGCUGUCAUUCUGUAAAGUGACAGGAAAUGGAUGUGCUGCCCUGGCCUCGGCUCUGAGGUCUGACCACUGCAGGCUCGGUGAGCUGGACCUGAGCUUUAAUCACCUGACAGAUCAAGGAGUCAAACUGCUGUCUGAAAUACAGCGGGAUUCACGUUGCAGUCUGGAGAAACUCAAUGUGGACCAAAAUGAAGAGUACUGGUUUGACUUGGAGCUGCUGAGACGAUAUGCCUGUGAUCUGACACUGGACCCCAACACAGCAGACGUGAAUAUCAUUUUGACAGAGGAGAACAAAAAGGCAACAUAUGUUAGUGAGAAGCAGCCGUAUCCUGAUAAUCCAGACAGAUUUGCCUGCUUUCAAGUACUGUGUGAAGAAGGUCUGACCGAUCGCCAUUACUGGGAGGUUGAGUGUUUUUCAGCUAAUUUUGGAAUGACAUACAAGAGUAUAGCUAGGGUGUCAGAUUGUUCAGCUGAAAUGUCUUUGGGAAAAAAUGAAAUGUCUUGGUGCUGGUUUUAUGAAGGGGCGUUUUAUCAUAACAAUUCCUGUCUGGAGUUUAUGGACUGUGCUACACACAGUAGUACCAUAGGAGUGUAUCUGGACUGGCCAGCGGGUAUUUUGUCCUUUUUUGAGGUCUUUCCUGAUACACUGACCCACCUGUACACUGUGCGUACAACUUUCACUGAGCCACUGCAUCCUGGUUUUUGUCUGUAUCCUCUAGGGAACAGCAACAUAAAGAUCAUGCCCCUGUCACUGCACUAGAAACUCCUCCUGCAGGUUGGGGCAUCUACACUGAGAUGGGCGAGAUCCUGGCUUAGGACUGUAAAUAAAUAAGUGGCUUUCGACCGUAUUGGUUGAGGCACAUAGCUGACAAAACUAUAUCCAACAAAGGAGUUGGAAGUGAUAAGAACUACUGUAAGAUGGGGAAUAUUUUAACAUUUCUUUUAAAUAGAUACACUUGUUUGUCUGUUGAUACUUAAUUCUUCCUACACUAUGACUCAGCUUCCAUAGAAAUGAUUGAACCAGAUGCAGCAUGUACAGGCUGGUCUGCAUUCCUCCAUUGUAAUCUACUAUCUACCAUGACAGAAUCUGUUCAUCUGUAAGUCAGUUAAAAAUAGUACAGUGGUGUAUUCAGAUCAUACAUGGAAUGCAUUUUGAACUCCUUAAAUUUUGCACCUCUCAUAUCUGGCUGAAAUGUUGAGUGAAAACACCAGCAUUAAGAAAGACACUGUUCUUACCUCCCUCACGGGUGAACAUGUACAGUACUGUAUGGACAGUAUGGGUGUGCUUUUAGACAAACAAGAAGCACAGAUGGAUGAAUGUUCUAUAUCAAUCACAUCUGUAUGAAAAAGCUGUAUAGAGUGUACAUAUAACCUUCAUUAACUUUUUUCUAUUUUUCAUGAUAUCUGUAUUUUUUGUAUUGUAUUUUUUUAUUUAAUGUGUAUUUUUUGAAUCUGCAGUGUUGUAUAUGGAGCUACUGUAGCGAGUAAAUUUCCCCAGUGUAGUAUCAAUAAAGUCUGUGUUAUCUUACCUUAUCUUAUCCUAUGAAUGUACAAUGAAGUUGGAUGUGUAUGUGUGUUCUUGGAUUGAUUUAUUGAAUUUGGAAUAAAUACCUUGUAAGCAUUACACUCAGUUCAGAAGGCUAACAGAAGCCCCUCUGUCUGAGUGUGUGUGUGUGUGUGUGUAGUCGCAUGUGUGCAACUUUUCAUUUUAAAAAGUUUAGUUGAAAUGUUUGUCUAAUGUGAAGUCUAAUAAAAGCAGUGUUGCAGCA